AUGGAGGACGAACCUGCCGACGACGACGAAGAGCUUGAGGAAGGCGAGGCCUCGGACGACGACGCAUCCUCGUCGAAACCCAGACGUUCUGUGCGACGCCUCGAUCCGCCGCGCCCGUGGCCGACGGUAGCGCCCUCCGUGAGCGCGACGGGACCGCGUUCGGCGCACCACGAAGGCAAAAACUAUAUCUGCAUCACUCGCAAGACGAAGCUUGGCGCAUAUCUGAGGAGGUGCAAAGAGCUGGUCAUCAAAGACGGGUACAAAACGUUGCAUUUGAGCGCGAUGGGCGCCGCGAUCCCGCAGCUCGCCACGCUCUCCGUUUCGCUUCCCGCCAUCCUCCCGCACGCCACGGACGAGAUCAAGACAGAGGUCCUGACGGGAACGGUCGAAGUACAGGACGAGCUCAUACCGGCGGAUGACAACUUGGACGAGGACAUCGAGUUGCGGACGCGGUGCAAGAGCGUGUUGAAGAUCACGAUCACGAUCGGGGACGGCGAGCGAGAGGUGGCGGCGGGGAGUCAUAAUAAAGUGCGAAGCGAGCGGCCAAGAGGGGCGAGGAGGAUACGCGGACGGAGGGGGAAGGGCGGAGGGAAAGGGAAACAGGGAGAGGCUGAAGACAGGAUGGACGAGGAUGCUGGGGAACGCUCGGCUCCUGAGCCUGGCGAGAUUGUGAUGCAGGAGCCGGAGCAGGAGUAG